GUGGGGGUGAGGUUGGAGGAAGGACAAGAAGGGAGGGGAGCCGAGCCGCCUGUCAGCUCUCUACAAGCAGGAAGGAGACGGGAAUAUGCCGCGGUGACCACACGCCGACCGAGAGCCGCAUCCACCUUCCAAAAAAGACCGAAAUCUCCCGAAGGGCGCGCGAUACCUGAGGUGCCAGGAUGAAUCGGCAUCGCGUGGACUCCCAGGGUUCGUUGGGGCCCGACGAUGAGGUCAUGCCGUACAGUGACGAUGAGACGGAUGAUGAACUGGAGGUGAGCUCCGAAGAGGAAGAAGAGGAGGAGUCGCGAGACCCGCAACCCCCGGAUGAAGCUAAACCCUCCGAAAUGGGGUGGAAGGUGAAGGCCAACGACCGACCGUAUCACCAACUCCCAGAGUUCAAGAAAAAAGUCUUCCUGUGCAUUAAGAAGAGCCGAUACUCGGGAAACGCGAUCAAGACGUACAAGUACAACGUCCUCACCUUCCUGCCCCUGAACCUGUACGAGCAGUUCAAGAGAGUCGCCAACCUCUAUUUCCUGGCUCUGCUCAUUUUACAGAUUAUUCCAGAGAUUUCUACUCUGCCCUGGUACACCACACUGAUUCCUCUGGUGGUGGUGCUCGGAGUCACUGCCAUCAAAGACCUGGCGGACGAUCUGGCGCGGCACAGGAUGGACAAGGAGAUCAACAACAGGAAGUGUGAGGUUCUGCUGGACGGCGGGUUUCAAGAGACGAGGUGGAGGAACAUCCAGGUGGGAGACGUGGUCCGUCUGAAGAAGAAUGACUUCAUCCCGGCUGACAUCCUGCUGUUGUCCAGCUCCAACCCGAACAGCCUCACUUAUGUAGAAACAGCUGAGCUCGACGGGGAGACCAACCUGAAGUUUAAGCUGGGACUGCGAGUUACUGACGAGAAGCUGCAGGACGUGCGUCAGCUGGCUGAGUUUAAUGCUCUGAUCGAGUGCGAGGAGCCGAACAACCGCUUGGACAAGUUUGUGGGGACGAUGCGGUGGGACGGGGAGCACUACCCUCUGGGGCUGGACAACAUGCUGCUCCGAGGCUGCACCAUCCGGAACACGGAGGCGUGUCAGGGCGUGGUCAUAUUUGCAGGAGCCGACACCAAAAUCAUGAGGAACAGCGGAAAGACGAGGUUUAAGAGGACCAAAAUUGAUGAGCUAAUGAACUACAUGGUUUACACGAUCUUUGUGCUGCUGAUCCUGGUGGCGGCAGGUCUGGCUAUUGGACACUCCUUCUGGUACGAGCAAAUCGGCUCCAAGGCCUGGUACCUGUUCGACGGCAAAAACCAGACUGCCUCGUACAGAGGCUUCCUCAGCUUCUGGGGAUACAUCAUUGUCCUCAACACCAUGGUGCCUAUUUCCCUAUAUGUCAGUGUGGAGGUGAUCCGUCUCGGUCAGAGCAAGUUCAUCAACUGGGACCUGCAGAUGUACUACGCAGAGAAAGACACACCAGCUAAGGCUCGAACCACCACCCUGAACGAGCAGCUCGGUCAGAUCGAGUACAUCUUCUCCGACAAGACGGGAACUCUCACACAGAACGUCAUGCAGUUCAAGAAGUGCACCAUCGCCGGACACAGCUACGGUGACCCGACCACGGCUGAGGGAGUGGUGCUGGACCGAGGAAGGCCGGUAGACUGGAGCUGGAACCGGCAAGCUGACAAAAAGUUUGACUUCAGGGAUCAUGCUCUGGUUGCUCGCGUCCGAUCUGGGAAAGAUAAAGAUGCCAAUGAGUUCUUCAAGCUGCUCUCUCUCUGCCACACCGUCAUGGUGGAGCACAAAGACGGUGAUCUGGUGUACCAGGCGGCUUCUCCCGACGAGGGCGCCCUGGUGACGGCUGCCAGGAACUUUGGCUACGUGUUCCUGUCUCGCACGCAGGACACCAUCACCAUCAGGGAGAUGGACCAGGAGAAGACCUACGAAAUGCUGGCGCUGCUCGACUUCAACUCGGACCGCAAGCGCAUGUCCAUCAUCUUGAGGUUUCCUGACGGUCGCAUCCGCCUCUACUGUAAAGGAGCCGACACUGUCAUCUACGAGCGACUCUCCCCGAACUCCAGACACAAAGAAACCACCCAGACCGAUCUGGACGUCUUUGCCAACGCGACGUUGCGGACGCUAUGCUUGUCCUACAAAGACAUCAGCGCAGCGGACUACGAAGCAUGGGCCCAAAAACACAAGGAGGCCCAGUUGGUCAUGUCGGACAGAGACGCUGUGCUCGACCGCGUGUAUGAGCAGAUCGAGAACGACCUAAUGCUGAUUGGGGCGACGGCCAUCGAGGACAAGUUGCAGGAUGGAGUACCAGAGACCAUCGCCACGCUGGCCAAGGCCGACAUCAAGAUCUGGGUCCUUACUGGAGAUAAGAAAGAAACGGCAGAGAACAUCGGAUAUGCUUGUUCACUUUUGACAGACGAUAUGACGAUCCACUACGGAGAAGACGUCAAUGAGAAGCUGAGGCUCCGUCAGGCCAACCGGAGAAACGAGACUCAAACUGUCCGUCGAGGCAAAAAGAAACCUGCGGAUCCCUUCUUCCCCGCACCGGGCAAAAACGCUCUCGUCCUCACCGGAGGAUGGCUGAACGAGAUUCUCUAUGAAAAGAAAAAGAAACGCCGACGUCUGCGCCUUCGUCGUCUCGGAAAGCGAGCGCCUCCCAGCAACCCUCAGGACGGACAGCCGAUGGACGACUUGGAGAAGGAGAUGAGACAGAUCGACUUUGUGGACAUGGCCUGUGAGUGCGAGGCAGUCAUCUGCUGCCGCGUCACACCGAAGCAGAAGGGCAACGUGGUGAGUUUGGUUAAGAAGUACAAGAAGGCUGUGACGCUGUCCAUCGGAGACGGGGCCAACGACGUCAACAUGAUCAAGACUGCAGACAUCGGGGUUGGCAUCAGUGGCCAGGAGGGCAUGCAGGCAGUCAUGUCCAGCGACUACGCCUUCGCUCAGUUCCGCUACCUGCAGCGCCUCCUGCUGGUGCACGGACGCUGGUCCUACAUCCGGAUGUGCAAGUUCCUGCGGUUCUUCUUCUUCAAGAACUUUGCCUUCACACUGGUCCACUUCUGGUACUCUUUCUUCAACGGAUACUCGGCACAGGUCACCUAUGAAGACUGGUUCAUCACUCUCUACAAUCUCGCUUACAGCAGCUUACCAGUUCUGCUGGUUGGACUUCUUGACCAGGACGUUAACGACAAACUGAGCCUGAAAUUCCCCAAACUCUAUGUACCCGGCCAGCAGGGGCUGUUGUUCAACUACAAAAACUUCUUCAUCAGCUUGUUCCACGGCAUCUUCACCUCGCUCAUCAUCUUCUUCAUCCCCUACGGAGCCUUCCUGCAGACCAUGGGGCAGGAUGGAGAGGCCCCCACAGACUACCAGUCCUUGGCCGUCGUCACCGCCUCGUCGCUCGUUUUCAUCGUCAACCUGCAGAUCUCUUUGGAUACCUCUUACUGGACCUUCGUCAACUGCUUUGCGGUCCUGGGCAGCAUCGCCAUCUACUUUGGCGUCAUGUUUGACAUCCACAGCGCCGGCAUCCACGUCAUCUUCACCUCAGCGUUCACCUUCACCGGUGCCGCUUCGAAUGCCCUGCGCCAGCCCUACCUGUGGUUAACCAUCAUCCUGACGGUGGGCAUCAGCCUGCUGCCAGUCAUCUGCAUCCAGUUCCUGCAUAAGACCAUCUGGCCCUCUGUGGGAGAUAAGAUCCAGAGAAACAGGAAGAGGUACGAGAUGGAGAUGGAAGAGGAGGAGAGGAAAAAGCCUCCAACAUUCCAGCGUGGCGGGCGUUCCCGCCGCUCCGCCUACGCCUUCUCUCACUCCCGCGGCUAUGCCGACCUCAUCUCGUCCGGACGAAGCAUCCGGCGCCGCCCAACGGGCCGGGCCGGAGCCCAGGAGAGCAUCAGGGAGGUUCCCCAGAGAGAGCCAGAGAACAUCUGACCGAGCAGAACUUCAUCCAGAAGGGCGUUUUGAAUAUUUGGGAAAGAUGGAGGAGCGCUUGGUCAGUCUUCAUUUUUCGUUUGUGGAGCCGGCUCCUCCGUGAUCAACGACAGAAACAAACCAUGGGGUUGGCGUUUAGAGCGACCUCUUCCAUAUAGUUUAUUUCAAUCUCAAAACAGGGAGACAAAAGAAAAGCCCUCAUAUAGUCUCGUACCUCUAGGAAAUAAAUGAGCAGCCUUAGAAGAAAGAAAAAUAGAGCGCUACUGAAUGUGUCGAUGCUCCCCUCUUUGCACAGACUGUUUAAAGUCAGAUGGAAAAAAAGCUCACUGAAGAGUUGCCCGCCGUUACCGGGCUCUUAAGUCAUGCAGCGACUGCGUGACUGAGGACUCAGGAUUUGUUUUUAAAUAUAAGACUUAUUUUUACUUCGCUUGUCAUUGCUCCUCGCCCCUCUGGCUUGUUGGGAAGCCAAUACACGUUAUUUAAUGUUUAUUUUUGGCAGUCAUUGUUUUAGCCAGAUGUCUGCAGAGCACUUGAUAUGAUGUUUUAUUCUAAUUAAAAAACACUAUUUAUACCAAUUAAUUGUCCGUUCCAUGCAUCAUAUCAGACAUCUUUUAGUUUUUCUUCCAUCCAUCUAAAAGCAAAUCCGAAGAUUUUUCCUUUACCACAAAAUGCAACAGGUUGAAAGCUAAGUCAAGGUAUGCUCUUUUAAUGUUUUAUUCUAAUUAACGGUGUCAUGUUGCUAUGAAAGUUGGUUGGACGUCGUAAAGUGUCCCUUGACUUAAAAACUACAUUUAAAUAAUUAUCCUCCUGUGCAGCAUCACAUUUCCCAAGUGACUUUACUGAUGGAUGAUGUCAUCACUACUUUAUGGAACAUCGACCAGUUUCCAACUCGAAGGCUUUUAAAUACCUCUUUUGUUCUGUAUAUCACCUUUUUGUUCAUUAACUUCACCUGAUGUGCAUAAACACACACUGUAAGGGAUCAUCGACAGUGUUUGCAAAAUGUCAAUUCAAGCGCUCCUUACUUCUAACAGGGAACGAAUUGGAGCAAUCAGGUCUAGAAUUAACUUCAUCAUGUCGUUUAUCCUGUUCUUUGUGUUUCGGUUUAUUAACUUCUUGGGAGUUGCAUGGCUCGGGGAAACUAUAGUGUGGAUUUCUGUAUGUGCCACUGGUUGUUUACUGCUGACCCAAAGGUGAUGUUCUCCUGAUAAUCAGUCGGGUCAUUCUUGAAACAGCAGUGCGCCAAAACUGACCCGUUCCUGUACUGUAUCCUCUUCAUGCUAGUGUUACUGUAUUGUUAAUGUCUUUUUCUUUUUUAUUACUGAAUAAAAUGAGGCAGUUUGGAACUGCUGCAGAUUGUA